UUUUGGCAGGGGCGAUAGCACCAUCUCUACACCACACUGUACAGCCAUGGCCACGAAUUACACAUGCAGAGCCUGCUCGAGGGCCCUCUCGAGGCAAUCGUCGUCUUUACUACAGAGCCGUUCGCCCCGCAAAGUAUCGAAUCUCUACCGGGCGGAGGCUGCGCGAAACCUCUCGACAACGGCACCAAGCUCAUACCAUGUGACGGCCUCUCUCUCAGCCGUCCAGCCGGUGUCGCAGCCCAUCUCGGAGCCCGCAAAGCCCUCAAAGCCUCUACCAAAGCGCACGGUACCAAUAGAAGGCCCCAACACCGGGAGCGCGCUGCGUGGAAUAGCCGCCAAGUUGCGCGAGAAAGCGCCGCUGAUGACGGAAACCUAUGUCGCAUAUGCUGCUACGCAGCAACUGAUGAAGGAAUGCACCCGGCAUGCCGAUUACACAAUACCGCAAGCAUUAGAGAAGAAUGACGAGAUCCCCCGCGAUGAGACUGGAGCGCAUCUCGGCGUGAGCGAUAGCUGGUGGUUUAAGGAGCUCGGCCUUGCUCCGACCUUCAUCAACUGGGCGCAAGUCACCUUCAUCCACAUGUACCUGAUGCAGGUCCGCUUCCGCAUGUUCCCCACGACCCAUGCGCCCGUCUGGAUACAGCAUCUUACCAACCACGCCUUCUACGCGGCUGAGGACCGUCUUGUGGUCUGGCACAAGAUCAAUGCGAACUCCCUGCGCCAGAAAUAUCUCAAGGAUAUUUUCUCGCAGUGGCGUGCCGUGCUGCUGUCUUACGACGAAGGCAUCAUGAAGGGAGACGCGGUGCUAGCGACAGCGGUUUGGAGGAACUUGUUUGCGGGCCGGGAAGACGUCGACUUCGAGAAGCUGGCACAGAUUGUGAGCUACAUGAGACGGGAGUUGCGGAGACUCGAUAUGGCCAGCGACGACGAGGUGGCAGACGGGAGAUGGACGUUCUCUGGGGGCCCUGAGCUGGAGCAGAAUGCGGUCAGGACGCCGAGCAAAUCCGUGGGCGCAGAUGCUUCUCGACCUUAAGAUCGGGUCGAGUGUUAUCCACGAUGCGCUUUGUAUGUAUGAUACUGUCACAAUGUCUGUUGUAUAUUAUGACGCUCUGGCGAGAUCGGGAACGUCUCGAAUGCGGUAAAACUUGA